AUUGCCGCCCAAUAUGUUCACGAAUAUUUCUUACAGAAGAGACAGAACUUAUCUCGUUACUGAAAAUGCAUGAAUAUUUUCUUCAGCGUGUCCUGUUUUCUAAAGUAUAUUCUUAUCCAGAAAAUCAGUACCAAGAGUUUAGAGAACUGUAGCCGUGUUCGGAUGGAGUCCAUAGGCGUGCGUAGUAUUUCUGUUUGAUCUUUUCGACGAAACAGAACCGUGGUCGCACAGGAUAGACAGAAACAAUGGCGAACACGGCCCACCUUGUCCGCCGGCAAAGCUCGCGCGACCUGAAGCCCCAGAAGAGUGUCGACAAACUCGAGAUGAAGGAGAUGAGAGGAAGAUUAGUGGUGGACAAUAGAAAGACUAACACCACUGCCAAUUACGGGGCCACGAACGCAGCCUUUGAGGACUCCAGUCCUAAUACGAAAAAUAAAGCGAAUAAUGGGGGCGGGGUCAGUAAAGUACUCGGCAGUAAUGAAGGGAAAGCAAUUUUCCGGCCGGAAGCGGGGGAGGAUGAGAGAGAGAACUGGGAUAGUAAGCUUACUUUUCUAUUAGCGACAGUCGGAUACGCGGUUGGGCUUGGGAACGUGUGGAGAUUUCCAUACCUCGCUCAAAAGAACGGCGGAGGUGCAUUUUUAAUCCCUUACUUUGUAAUGUUGGCCAUCGAGGGUAUCCCCAUAUUUUAUCUGGAGUUGGCGAUUGGCCAGAGAUUACGAAAGGGAGCUAUCGGUGUGUGGAAUCAGGUGUCCCCGUACAUGGGUGGUAUCGGUUUAAGCAGCGCUGUAGUAUCUUUCAACGUAGCUCUGUAUUACAAUACUAUUAUCGCUUGGUGCCUCUUCUACUUCGUUCAAAGUUUCCAAUCGAACCUACCGUGGGCUGAGUGUCCCAAUGUAUAUUUCCAAAACGGGUCGUACGCGCCUGAACCAGAGUGUACGGUCAGUAGUCCGACGCAGUACUUCUGGUACCGUACGACGCUGAUGAUCUCCGAAGACAUAAACACCCCAGAAUUGUUCAACUGGAAGAUCGCUGUAUCGUUGGUCAUCGCUUGGAUUCUCGUCUACAUGUGCAUGAUCAAAGGAAUCGCGUCUUCAGGGAAGGUCGUGUACGUGACGGCCACGUUCCCGUACAUCGUUCUGAUUAUCUUCUUCUUCCGCGGCGUCACAUUGACGGGGAUGGGCGACGGACUUCGUCACCUCUUCACUCCCAAGUGGUGGAAAAUAGCCGAUCCAGUGGUCUGGCUAGAAGCGGGCACGCAGAUAUUCUUCUCCCUUGGCCUGGCAUUCGGCGGUCUGAUAGCGUUCUCUUCUUACAAUCCCGUGAAUAACAAUUGUUAUCGAGACGCUAUCAUGGUCAGCUUGACGAAUUGUUUCACUUCGAUGUUCGCCGGGAUUGUCGUGUUCUCCAUCAUCGGUUUCAAGGCAACGAUGGUUUACGAGAAGUGCUUAGAGGAGAGAAACAGCACUCUUCUGAAUAUUUAUGGCCAAACGGAUAGAAUACCCGAUGAGAUACCAGUAAGUGGAACUGUUCUAAAUAUCUCCACAUCGAAUGGAACGAUAGAUAAUAUAAUCAUGCCUGAGCUACCUGAAUGUGAUCUCGAAAAGGAGUUAGACAACUCAGCGUCAGGUACCGGUUUGGCGUUCAUCAUCUUCACGGAAGCGAUCAAUCAAUUUCCGGGUGCACAAUUCUGGUCGGUGUUAUUCUUCCUCAUGUUAUUCACUCUGGGAAUCGACUCACAGUUCGGUACCCUCGAGGGCGUGGUUACGAGCAUUGUAGACAUGAAAUUAUUCCCGAAUUUGCGUAAAGAAAUACUGACAGGUGGCAUUUGCUUGGUUUGUUGCGUUAUUUCGAUGGCCUUUGCUCACGGUGCAGGCAGCUACGUUUUUGUGCUGUUCGACAAUUUCAGCGGGAAUUUUCCACUGCUGAUUAUUGCCUUCUUCGAAUGUAUCGCAGUGUCGUACGUGUACGGUUUAAAGAGAUUCGCGGACGAUAUCGAGCUGAUGACUGGCAAUCGUCCAGGCCUUUACUGGUUAAUCUGUUGGAAAUACCUCAGCCCGAUGGCUAUGCUGAGUAUUCUAAUUGCCUCGAUCGUAGAGAUCAUAGUCGACGGAAGUGGAUAUCCAGCCUGGGUUGCCAGCAGAGGAGAGACGGAGAAGCACGAGUGGCCACUCUGGGCUGUAGUACUAAUCGGCAUUCUUAUACUCGCCUCCGUUCUUUGGAUUCCCACAGUUGCUAUUUGCAGACUUUUCGGGAUACUGAUAAUCGAGGAUAACGAGAAAGCUUGGUUCCCCGCGGCCGAUCUUAAAGAAUUUCAUGGUAUCGUCCCACAUGAAGUAACGCCGGCCGAGACGCUGUUAUUCUGUAUAAGAAGCGACGGGUCGGAGGGGCUGUGUUGCCCGACCGGAGGUCCCAGCGACGACGACGAGGAUCUCACCUAGGAAUGGUUAUCCUCGCGCAUCCUGGAUUAACACGUGUUUAAGCGGUUCAUAGACCGAGAAACAGCACUUUUUUACUUAAUAUCAAUGUUUCGAUCGUUAGCGAUUAAUUUGAACCCGACUAGGUGUUACUCGUGUCAUCGUCAUUCCUCGUCCCGACUUCAGACUUGACAUUACUUUACUCCAGUUUAGCGUGCGCAUUAAAAGAGGACAUAUCGUGUCAAUUACAUACUCGACGUGACGUUUAUACGUAUAAUAAUUCGGUCUGCAUUCCUCGUGCGAUGAAUUCAUUUUUUGAGAAGAGAUAGGAUCUAAAGAACGGGGAAAUUCGAAAGUACAAAUCUAACGUGACGAUUGGCGUUUUAUUUUUCAUUUGAAACCGUGUCUCUCUGCUGUUUCUCGAGUCUCUGAAUCAUUUGGCAACGGGUACGCACGUCAAUAAUAAUAAUCGGAAACAUAAAAUGGAAGUUCGCCGUUUCCAAUAAGUAAGUAAUCCCAGAUUAAAUUUCGGAAAGUGAAUACAAAAACGAAUAAGUACAGCAGAAACUGCAAGUUCCGCAUUCAAGCUGAACUUACGGUCUCCUUGCUUGAAAGGAUACAUGAUACAUCCACGAUUCGCUGAAUACAUAAUUCUUCUGAUGCUUUGUUUUAUUAUAAAUUUACAAGAAAAUACUUUUGAAAAAGGAGAGUAAUUUGUUGUCUUUGUACACGUUUUCGGGAUGAAUCAUGUACCCGAACAAUUAGCAUGUAAACGCGUCAUCAUAGCAUUUGCAAUGUACGUUGAGGCAGGCGAAAAUCCCGCGAUUGCAGAUGAUAAUGAUUAGGGUAAUAUUACGAUUAGACUCGAGACAACUUUUACUGCUUAGCAAAUUGCAAAUAACGUGAGACCUAAGAUUAGAGUAGGAGCCGUCCAAUGCGCGUAAAGGGAAAAGGGCGUUGCCCCAAAUUGUUUUAUUAAUUUCCGUUUCAGAACGACGUACGUGCGGCGCUACUUCGCUGAUCGAUUCUCCGUUAUGCUCUUACAAUUAUCACUUAUCCGCGAUCGAAUUCUGUUUAAAAAAUCGUGAAACUUUUGACGAACGUAUGAUAAAAAAUAUCAAUGCUGUGAAGAAUCUUUCGAGUGUGACGCGUUCGAAUAAUUAUCGUUCUAUUGUAGUCGCCUUAUUAAUAUCAAUUAGGUAUACUUUCCUAUACAUAUCUCACGUGGCGAAUGCAACGUGAAAGUAAUUUGUUUUCAAGCAUAUCAAAAAGGCGAGGGGAGGGAUUCGAUGGGCAAGUGAGAAUUGAUCAGCAAGGCUCGAUAGCUAUACGUUUAAUGUGACCAUCGAAGCGACAUUGAAUGCGAAAAUUGAUUGCAAUUUUAGCGCGUCUUCGUCGUCCUGGCGAACUAAUCUAACGAUAGGGACAAUAAAGAAUUACUAAAGAUUCGAUUCACGAGGAAUCGCACGACAAUAAUAAAAAUUCGACAAAUCGGUGAUGAAUUCGACAAUAAGGUGAAGUUGCACUGUACUUCUCGCACAUUUUAUGAGGCCUAUGAAACCUACGUAAGAGCUAGCAAUCGGUAAGGAACAGAGGAUUUCAUUCGUUUUAUUUUCUGCACAAUGUAUAGACCGUUCUGUCGUUUCUCACUCUUCCCGUUAUAUUAGAUAUUGGAUUUAGCUAAGCCCCGGGGAUUAAAUGCAAUAUAUUUAAUGGACUCGUCGUUGGUCCAGCGUUAAAGCGAGUUGCACUUGCGUUAAUUGCAUCCUGAAAGGCCGCGCAAGCAGCUGAAAAGUAGCUCGUCUUGCGUUUCUCAAAUAUUACGUUCACAUAAAGUAAGAUAGGACAUUUCUUAGAACAUUUUACACAAUGAAAUCAGUCUCCUUCGUGGAAGAAAACGACGUUGAGAAUGCGAAAACAAGAAUUCUGAAUACGUUUGAAGAACGGGAAACGACGUCUAUCGUCUACAUAGCAGAGGGUAGGGCAGUAGCGAGAUGCACUCUAAUCGCGUCUGUUUGUACUUCGGAUCUCUCUAUAUUUUGUAUCUAACGUUUCAGUCAUAAACUUACUGUGUGUACAUUUUAAUUCGAGUCAAAACAUAUCUAAAAUGAACGAAAGAGAUUCAUCGCGGAACUCGCACAUAAAGUUGAAGAUAGACUUACCACCAUCAUCAAUAGUGAAGUAAAAUUAGCCUGUCUUCUGGAUUGAUAGUUAAACAAUAAUCCUCGGUUGAGAAUAACGCGGUGACAUAAAUCAUUUUCCUUAUUUAUUUUCAAGAAGGUGCUAAACUACAAUAAUGUAAGAGUGAUUUAAUACGAGAUACACGUGUACGUAUAGGCGUAAACGAAAUCGUUAAUACUUGUUAAGAUCCUGUUAUCGAAUAUUCGAUCGACUAACGGCCUCUGACAAAUUAAUUAUGUUGCUCCCGAACCGGUUAUAGCGAUUUACUUGUACGUAUAUUAUAUUACUAUACUCGUAUGGAGUAGAGUUCAGCAAAAUGUAAAUAAUUGUUAAAGUGUCUUUUAAACUGUAAAUUGACAAUAACUUGCGGGACAAGGAGCUGCCGCCUGGAAAACAUGAUGAAUAUUCCCUUCCAAAGAAUAGUACAAAUUUUCUUUCACUAUAUCGUCAUGUGUUUCGUAUGGAUUUUUUCGAACUACGAAACGUACAAACGUCAGACAAUAAUGCAUUCGAUGAGGACGAUGAGUCAAUCCAUAAUAUCUUAUUUCUCCAUGUCAUUACUCGGUGUCUUGAACCCUCAUUAAGCUACGUUCGUGUAUACAGUGUGCAUCGUUUCGUUUCAAAACUUUUAGGCGAGUACAGAAACAGAGAUGAAUCGAUUUAAAUAAGUUUCAAAGAACAAUUUCGUUCUGAACAACGUUUAUCCAAAUGAGACAAUAAGGAAGGGUUAGUUAAUAGGUUAAAGGGUUGAUUAAUGUAUCUUAGUAUUGUACUUCUGCACACUUUAUACACGCGUACGCUGAAUCGUGUAAUUUAAAAUUCACUUACCGAUCUCGAUGAUUAAGAAGAGAAUGUUGUUUCAUGUCGAUAUCAGUCGAACGAACGAGAACUGUCAAUGAAUCACAAAUUAGAAACCACUGCGUGUUUACUCAACGGCCGGAGGCAUGGUACUAAUGUUUUUAGUUUGAACUCUGUCAGUUUCGUUCAUCACUGUACUCAAUGAGUUCGAGGAAUGUAGUAGGGUGUCGUGUCCAUCCAUACUUAAGAUGCAUUUAAAGAGGGUUGUGCAUUAUUUGAAGAGACACGAGCGUAGACUGUAAAGUUUAGCUUUCGAGGAUGAUUCACGUUAAUUGAAGUUUUAUCGAACGAUACGUAUCAGGUAACCAAUAUCGAUGUAGCUUGCGCAAUAAUAAUUAAGACAUAUAAAAACGGACGGUAGCUAAUGUUAUUAUAUAUAAAUAUAAUGAGUAUAUAUACACUGAUAUUACGUAUACGUAAAACUGUACAUAUAUAUUGUUGUCAGUUGAAUGUUAAAAUAAAUACCGUGCGUGAACAUGGA